UCAGGUUUCUAUUACACCUGUAGGUCCUGGCUCAUGAACUAAAAUCUUAAAUUCCUUGCUUCUCCCGUUCACCGCUAAUUCAAGAUCAUGUUUUACAAGUACUUAUGAUGAAAAGAAAUGGUCCUCUUUGCUGAUUAGGACUUGAUCGACUGUCGGUUUAGAGUCUCAUUUAACACGUGUUACAAAUUACUACACAAACACUCAGCCCUUUUUUUGUCCAAUUUUCUUCGACUUAUGGUUUUAUUGUGAAUUCAGCUCAAUAAGUAGACUGUAGUAUCAAUAAAAGUGAUCUUGUUGGGUUUAUCAACUGGGUCAUCAUUAGACAUCAAUCAGACGAAAAUAUUUUAUUCUCGUAUAACUUUGGUGGAAUUUUGUGUAUUGACGAGUGGGUUUUGGGAAGAAGGAUUUGAAUUUGAAUAUCUGAUCUGGGACUGGCAAUUAUUCAAUGAAAAUGAAUGAACAUAUUGGAUUUUUGGUAUGUGUUUGGUUUCUUCUAUCUGGGUCUUGUUUGGGGAGAUUUGUUGUGGAGAAGAACAGCUUGAAGGUGACGUCACCGGACUCGCUCAAAGAUGUUUAUGAGUGUGCAAUUGGAAACUUUGGGGUGCCUCAGUAUGGAGGGACUAUGGUAGGUACUGUGGUCUACCCAGCAGCCAAUCAAAAGGCAUGCAAGAGUUUUAAAGAUCUUGAUAUCUCCUUCAAGACUAAGCCUGGGGGCAUGCCUGUCUUUCUUCUUACUGACAGAGGGGAUUGCUAUUUCACGUUGAAGGCAUGGAAUGCGCAGAAUGCUGGAGCGGCAGCUAUUCUCGUUGCGGAUGAUAGGGUUGAGCCUCUGAUUACCAUGGAUACCCCAGAAGAAGAGGAUGCUCGGGCAGAUUAUCUGCAAAACAUAAGUAUCCCAUCAGCACUCAUCAACGAGGAUCUUGGGGAUAAAAUCAAGAAAGAAUUAUCGAAAGGAAAUAUGGUAAACAUAAAUCUUGAUUGGAGGGAGGCACUUCCACAUCCGGAUGAACGGGUCGAGUAUGAGUUCUGGACAAAUAGUAAUGAUGAGUGUGGUCCCAAGUGUGAAAGCCAGAUAGAGUUUGUAAAAAAUUUCAAAGGAGCUGCCCAAAUACUUGAGCAGAAAGGCUACACUCAGUUCACUCCACGUUAUAUAACUUGGUACUGUCCUGAGUCUUUUAUUUUGAGCAAACAGUGCAUGUCACAGUGCAUCAACCAUGGGAGGUAUUGUGCACCGGAUCCUGAACAGGAUUUCAGUAGGGGAUAUGACGGGAAGGACGUUGUAGUGCAAAAUCUACGCCAAGCUUGCUUCUUUAAGGUAGCAAAAGAAAGUGGAAAGCCAUGGUUGUGGUGGGACUAUGUUACAGAUUUUUCAAUUCGCUGUCCAAUGAAAGAGAAGAAGUACACUAAAGAGUGUGCAGAUCAAGUAAUGCAGUCCCUAGGAAUUGAUAUUCAGCGGAUAGAUAAAUGCGUAGGAGAUACAAAGGCAGAUGCAGACAACCCAAUUCUGAAAGCCGAACAAGAUGCUCAGAUAGGUAAGGGCUCCCGCGGAGAUGUGACCAUAUUGCCAACUCUGGUUAUAAAUAAUCGACAAUACAGAGGCAAGCUGGACAAAGGAGCAGUUCUUAAGGCCAUAUGUUCAGGUUUUGAGGAGUCUACUGAGCCUUCCAUUUGUUUGACCGAAGACAUAGAAACAAAUGAGUGUUUGGUAAACAAUGGUGGAUGCUGGCAGGACAAGGCUGCUAACAUUACUGCAUGCAGGGACACUUUCCGAGGGAGAGUGUGUGAGUGCCCUAUUCUGAGCGGAGUUAAAUUUGUUGGUGAUGGUUAUACUCAUUGUGAAGCUUCUGGAGUAUUAAAAUGUGAAAUAAGUAAUGGAGGCUGUUGGAAGGGAACCAAGGGUGGAAGGACGUAUUCUGCAUGCAUUGAUGACCGUACAAAAGGUUGCAAAUGCCCACCGGGAUUCAGGGGCGAUGGAGUUAAUAGUUGUGAAGAUAUUGAUGAGUGCAAGGAAAAGCUGGCCUGCCGAUGUCCAGAGUGCAAAUGCAAGAAUACUUGGGGAAGCUAUGAAUGCCGUUGCAAUCGAAACUUAUUAUACAUGCACGAACACGACACAUGUAUAAGUAAAGCUGUUAAUACAGAAUUUAGCUGGGGCUUUUUGUGGGUGAUCAUUCUUGGUUUUUCUGUCGCUGGAGUUGGGGGAUAUGCUCUGUACAAAUACAGGAUCCGGCACUACAUGGACUCUGAGAUUCGGGCCAUAAUGGCACAGUACAUGCCCUUGGAUAAUCAAGGAGAGGUACCUAAUCACAAUCUACAUGGGAAUGUCUGAGAUUGGGACGAUCACCUGUUAAGAAUGUACUCCACGCCACCAGUAGCUAUACGGUCGUGUAAUGUUUUAUUGCCCUGAUGCUGCUUCCUGCAUCUUCAUGGCUCACUCAUAUUUCACGCCGUAAUCUUUUGAUCUUGUUCAUAUUUUAUGUAAAUUGUGGAUGCUUUUAAUAAACUCCCAAUUGUUUGGGAAUUUUCCUUGGAUGGUGCAUGUAAAAGGCCAUGUUUGUUCUAUGCUGGCAAUUUUAUAAAGCACGCAUACAUUUCUUU